UCUCAUCUAAUGUACCGAGUCAGACCAACCAAAUUCUACCGUUCUUCUCCGUCCGAACACUACUGCCCUCUGAGUUUCUUCUCCCAAGCAAAGCUUCUUCAGUUUCUCCUCUUAGACCAAUUGUGUGGUCUCGCUCGUUUCUAAUCGUGAGAACUUUGAAGCUUGAGGCGUAUACAAUGGGGAGGAUAAUGGAAUGGGCAGCAAGAUCUGAUCACUUGGGAGGAAUCCCAAGGAAAGCUGUGAUAACAGCCGUUGGUGCCUUUGCGAGAGCAGUAGCGAAUCUUUGCAACAAAACCACAGUUCACAAUGCAGAUACUCUUUUGACUCUUGUCCGUUCACGACCACCCGGUGUCCCUCUCAUCACUGUUAGUAAUCACAUGUCCACUUUAGAUGAUCCAGUAAUGUGGGGAGGGUUCAAGGGUCUUCUUCUUUCUUUGGAUCCAGAGCUGGCUCGAUGGGUUCUUGCUGCUGAGGACAUAUGUUUCAAGAACCCUGUCUUCUCCUACAUCUUCCGCACUGGCAAAUGUAUACCUAUAACUAGAGGAGGUGGAAUCUACCAAGAACACAUGAGUGAAGCUCUAGACCGAUUAAAAGAUGGAUCAUGGUUGCAUACCUUCCCAGAGGGAAAGGUGUUUCAAGAUGAUGUGCCUAUAAGACGUCUUAAAUGGGGAACUGCAAGCCUCAUCGCUCGUUGCCCUGUUACACCAAUCGUCUUGCCAAUUAUCCACCGUGGUUUUGACGAGAUGAUGCCGGAGAAGUAUUUGUAUGGUAGAAGACCACCGUUACCGCUGUGGAACAAGAACCUUCGAGUUGUAGUUGGUGAACCAAUCGAGUUUGAUGUUCCCAUGAUGGUUGAGACCGCUGUCUCGGCCUCCCGUCAUGUAAUGGUUCCUCCUCUUCAGGAAGCUAGAUGGCCUGUUCUAUCUUUAGCUGGCAAAGAGCUAGAUGAAACUGCUCAGAAAUGUCUCUACACAGCUCUUUCUGAGAAGAUUCAGUCCUCACUGGAAACACUGAGACUGUUAGCUAAGCGGUUGUGACUUUAGAACAGAAUCCGGUUCACAAUUUUAAAGUUUCCGGUUUUGAUCCGGUACAGUAAUCAAUUAUUUCGUUUAUUUAAUAUUUUCUUGAGCUGAGAAAAUAUUCUUCAAGUUGUAAUAAGAAAGAAAUUGUAACAGUUUAAAUUUAAAUAAAGGAAAAUAGCUCGAAUGA